AUGGGAGAAAGAGGUCCAGAUCAGUGGUUGGAACAGAUAAAAAAUUGUAUUUCAUUAUCAGAAUCCGAUAUGAAACAAUUGUGUGAAUUGGUCAAAGAAUUGUUAAUGGAAGAAUCUAAUAUCCAACCUGUACAAUCUCCAGUGACAGUGUGUGGUGACAUACAUGGACAAUUUCAUGAUUUAUUGGAAUUGUUUAGAACUGCUGGAGGUUUACCUUCAGAUGACAAUCAAACCAAUUUUAUUUUCUUAGGGGACUACGUCGAUCGUGGUUAUUUUUCCUUGGAAACGUUUACUUUAUUAAUGGUUUUAAAAGUCAAAUAUCCACACAGAAUUACCUUGGUAAGAGGAAAUCACGAAUCAAGACAAAUCACCCAAGUUUAUGGGUUUUAUGAAGAAUGUUUAACAAAAUACGGUUCAACUACUGUUUGGAAAUAUUGUUGUCAGGUUUUUGAUUUCUUAACUUUAGCAGCUAUAAUAGAUGGCAAAAUUUUAUGUGUGCAUGGUGGAUUAUCUCCCGAAAUAAGAAUGUUGGACCAGAUAAGAGUAUUAUCUAGAGCUCAAGAAGUCCCACACGAAGGAGGUUUCUGUGACUUGGUGUGGUCAGAUCCAGACAACAUUGACACCUGGGCAGUCUCGCCUAGAGGUGCGGGAUGGUUGUUUGGCUCAAAAGUGUCGCGAGAAUUCAAUCACAUUAACAAUUUGCAAUUAAUUGCCAGAGCACACCAGUUGGUAAUGGAAGGGUUUCGUUACCAUUUUAAAGAAAAAGAUGUUGUCACAGUAUGGUCUGCCCCAAAUUACUGUUAUAGAUGUGGGAAUGUUGCCAGUGUUAUGCAAGUUGAUGAAGACUUAGAACCUAAUUUCAAGAUAUUCAGUGCAGUUCAAGAUGGCGACUUAUCAGCCAAGAACAAUGCCAACAAACAACAAAGAAGUGAUUAUUUUUUGUAA